CGAGUCACGUGUUUCCUGUAGGAAGUAAUAUCCGAGAAGAAGCCAUAGCAGAGAAGGAGUGAAAGUCACAGGUUAAAGAUGGCUUCCAGCAAGCGUUUUGCGGAUCUCGCCUACAAGACGUUUUCUGGCACUAUGAUCCUGCUGACGCUGUACGGAGGGUAUCUGUGCAGCCUCCGAGCAUAUGGAUAUUUUCAACGCAAGCAAGCGCUGCGAGCAGCAGCCGAGAACCAAACAGAAGCAAUUCUUAAAGACUGAAUGAUCUGCGCACUGAACUGAUCCAAUUAUGGGGUACACAGCCUUUCCCUAUGAAGUCACUUUGCACCCACAGUACCUGUGAUCUGCCUGGUUUACCAUAAUGGAUCAUCGAAGAUCAAGAUGAUGUUACUGGACUGCUUCCAUGUGAACUUGUUUUUUUGUAUAAAUAAAUGAAAUUCUUCUAUG